AUGGGGUUUUUAAAUAAAGCAUUGUUCUUUGGAGGAAUAUAUGGUAUAGGAGUAUAUGCAGGUGCUGUUGCAUGGACUAUCAGAAAAGACAUUCUACGUUAUGAGUCAGAACCCCAUUUGAAACCUUUAGUUCCAGAAAAAAGAGUCGUAUCUAUUUAUAACAACAUUGCCGAAAAAUAUAGUAAGCGAAUAACAAAAGAAGAACUGUUUUCAGGCAUUUACUUUCUUCGUUUUUUUCACUUACGAAACGCAAAAGGUCGUGUUUUGGAAAUAGGAAGUGGACCAGGCUCGAAUUUUUCAUUCUACAAAUGGAAACAAAUACAAUCUUUAUCUCUCGUGGAACCUUCAGAAGAAAUGCAUAAACUAGCUUCCUCGCGCGCUGAAAAGAAAGUUCCAGAGUCGGUUCAUCUAAAACAAUAUUCAGAUUUUGAAGAAGUGCCAAAGGAAAGCUCGUUUGAUACAAUUGUUCAAACAUUUUGUCUUUGCUCACAAGAAAAGGCAGUGGAAAGUUUGAACAAUGCUAAAGAAAUGUUACGUCCAGGCGGACAAAUAUUGCUCAUUGAGCAUGGUCAGAGUAAGUAUGGAUGGCUGAAUAAAAUAUUGAAUACUUAUGCUGAAUCGCAUUAUGAGGAUUGGGGGUGUGUAUGGAACAGAAAUAUACUGGAACUCAUUGAAGAGUCUAAUCUUGAGCUCGACUCUUGUAAACGCUACAACUUUGGAACAACCUAUGUGAUAAAAGCUCACUAA